AGUACCUGUGGUCCGGCUGUCGGUGGGAAGGGUGUCGUUUCCCUGGGCCUCGCCUCCCGGGCCAGGAUGGACCCUAGUACCCUGGAGCAGGAUGCUGUCAAAUUCGCACAGAUGGCUGUGAGAAACGACCAAAACGGCCGGUUCACCGAGGCCGUCUUCUACUACAAGGAAGCUGCACAAGCUUUGAUUUGCGCUGGUAUGGCUGGAUCAAAACUGGACGCUAUACAGGAGAAGAUAAACGAAUACCUGGACCGGGUGCAGGCUCUUUACUCCGCAGUUCAAUCACAGAGCUGCAAGGGUGUCCCCCUGAAGACAAAACAGCAGAUGGAUCUGGAACGUGCUCACUUCCUGGUCACCCAAGCAUUUGAAGAAGAUGAGAAAGAUAAUAGUGAUGAAGCAGUAGAACUGUACACUGAGGCUGUUGAAUUAUGUCUGAAAACAGCAAAUGAAACUUCUGAUCAAACUCUGCAGGCUAAAUUGAAACAGUUAGCCCGACAAGCCCUUGAUAGAGCCGAAGCACUAAAGGAUUCAGUGACCAAGCUGUCUCAAGAAAGAAAGCAUGCUGCAGCAAAAGCAAGUCAGCCAGUUCGAACUUUCCAACCUCUGGGAUCAGAUUUUUCUCUGAAUGAUAAACCACAGUUAUCUAGAAUUCAAGGCAGUGAUUUGUCAAGUCAGGGUCAGCUUUACUCUGCAGAAGAAAUUGAAGUUUUGCGGAAAACUUCCAAAAUUAAUGGAAUUGAGUAUGUACCUUUCAUGCGUGUGGAUCUUAAGGAACGGUUUGCAUUUCCAAUGCCAUUCUCGGACCGUGCUGGCAAAUUAGUGUUGUCACCAAAACAGGAAGCAUUGUUUUCCAGGUGGGUCCGUCCAGAUGACCUCUGCAACAACCCCACAAUGAUCUACACUAUUUCUAGUUUCAGUAUAAAACAGACUGUGGUAUCGGACUGCUCCUUUGUGGCCUCUCUAGCUAUUGGUGCUGCAUACGAAAGACGUUACAAUAAAAAAUUAAUCACAAGCAUUAUUUAUCCUCAGAACAGGAAAGGAGAGCCAGAGUAUAAUCCUUGUGGAAAAUACAUGGUAAAGCUUCACAUCAAUGGUGUGGCUAGAAAGGUAAUCAUUGAUGACUACUUGCCAGUGGAUCAUAAUGGUGAGCUGCUUUGUUCUUAUUCCAACAACAAAAAUGAACUUUGGAUCUCAUUGAUAGAAAAGGCCUAUAUGAAGGUUAUGGGAGGAUAUGAUUUCCCAGGUUCCAACUCUAACAUUGAUCUUCACGCCUUGACUGGCUGGAUACCAGAGCGAAUAGCAAUGCAUUCAGACAAUCAGAAGUUCGACUACGAGGGCACUUUCAAAAUGCUUUAUCAAAGGUUUCACAAGGGAGAUGUUCUAAUUACCACAGCAACUGGUAUAAUGAGUGAGGAAGAAGGAGAACGUUGGGGUCUGGUACCUACACACGCGUAUGCUGUCCUUGACAUCCGGCAGUACAAGGGUCUUAAAAUAAUUCAGCUUAAAAAUCCAUGGAGCCAUUUGAGAUGGAAAGGACGGUAUAGUGACAAAGAUGAGAAGAGCUGGACUCCAGCCCUUCAGAAGUACUUGAAUUUUGAUCCGAAAACAGCGCAGAAAAUUGAUAAUGGGAUUUUCUGGAUUAGCUGGGAGGACCUUUGUCGGCAUUAUGAUGUAAUUUAUUUGAGCUGGAAUCCUGGACUUUUCAAAGAGUCAACUUGCAUUCACAGUACCUGGGAUGCAAAGCAAGGCCCCGUGAAAGAUGUGUACAGCCUGGCUAACAACCCUCAGUACAAGCUGGAAGUACAGUGUCCACAAGGUGGUGCUGUUGUUUGGGUUUUAUUGACCAGACACAUCACUGACAAGGACGAUUUUGCCCACAAUCGAGAAUUUAUUACAUUGGUUGUUUACCAGACUGGAGGCAAAAAGGUUUAUUACCCAAAUGAUCCUCCUCCAUUCAUUGAUGGGAUUCGAAUAAACAGCCCUCAUUAUCUGACCAAGAUCAAGCUGACCACACCAGGGACAAAUACGUUUACUUUAGUGGUAUCUCAGUAUGAAAAACAGAACACCAUCCAUUACACAAUCAGGGUAUAUUCCAUGUGCAAGUUUACAUUUUCUAAGAUCCCAUUCCCUUACACACACAAUAAGCGGGUUAACGGCCAGUGGAAAGGUCAGUCUGCAGGCGGAUGCGGAAAUUACAGAGACACUUACAAAAUGAAUCCAAUUUACCAGAUCACUGCAGAGAAAACAGGGCCGUUGUUGAUUGAACUGCGGGGCCCCAGGCAGUACAGUGUUGGUUUUGAAAUAGUAACUGUCUCAACAACCGGAGAUAAUGAAUUCCAUAAAAAGACCAGUGGAGAUUAUAGGUGUGGGUUUUGCUAUUCAGAAAUAGAGCGUGUAUCUGCCGGAGUUUACAACAUCAUCCCUACUACCUUCCUUCCUCAUCAGGAAGGCCCUUUCUUCUUAGAUUUCCACAGUACUAUCCCACUCAAGAUUACUCAAUUACAGUGAGCCAAGAGCUUGGUUUGAUCACCUUUACACUUAAAAUUUGUCAAAUAAUGUAUAUCCUAGUUAUUUUUUAAAAGUACUUUUCUGAGGCACCAAUCGGAAUUUAUUCAUUUUGCAGAAUUUAUCAGAGACUCUGCACAAUCUUUCUAUUCUUUCACUGAAAGUCAAGCAUGAUAUGCAAAGUUAGUUCAAUGACAAGGAAGAAAUUCCACUUGUGAUUGGAUUUCUUGUAUACUUUUUAAAUGAAGGAGCCCUUAACUGUAUUUUAUAUUUUUACAUAAAUCAAUUCAUGUAUAAUUUUGGCUGUAGAAUAUAACUGGACUCUACGGGAAUCUCAUUUGUGGCUAUUCCUGCCCAGGUUUGAGAUGGUAGUGAGUUGUAUUUUACACUAUAAAGCUCUGAUACAACUUGUGUUAGUCUUUACUGAUGGUAUGAGACAAGAAUUGUUUGGGAGCCUUUAAACUACAUGAAAGCCAUCCAUCAAAGUUACUGAAAGUACUUCACAUCUAAGGGAACUGUGCAAUGUAUAAUAAACCAAAGACCAGUUAACAUUUGUAAUAUGUUAAAUUUUUUUCAUUUUAAAAAGGGUGAAUACUGGUCUAGCAAUUGUUCAUUCAUAUUUCUAUUGUAGAUUAUAUAUUUUUAUCUAUUUUUAUUUAGUACUUCACUAAAUAAGAACUGGAAAGUUAUGUUUUCCGACAUUGGAUUGUGAGAAAGCAGAAAUUUUCUUUAUAAGUUUACUUCGAAGACAAAAACUUUACAAAUUCCUCUGAAGUGUCUGCGCAUCUUGGAUUAUGUAGA